AUGGCGGAGGCGGAAUCAGAGCAGGUCAUCGAGAGCAAGAUCGAAGAAGCACGACUCGGUUUAAAAGCGAGUGUGUUGAAGAGCCAACAUGGCGUCACCGUGUGCCCAGUUUCACAGAGUCUGCGAUCGAUUCCACUGAAGACCAGGCCACUGCUGACCGACAGCUCGAGCCAUCAUGGCGGAGGCGGAAUCAGAGCAGGUCAUCGAGAGCAAGAUCGAAGAAGCACGACUCGGUUUAAAAGCGAGUGUGUUGAAGCGUCCCAAGACAGAUAUGACAGCAGAGACGUGGAGAAACUCUUCAGAGAUGACGCUCUGGUCGAAGGCUACCUCACAUGGAGACACUUCGUUGUGGAAGACACCUUAAAGAUGAUCGAUGAGAGCUUACAGUGGAGGAAAGAGUUUAACUUGAAUGGCCUCACGGAGAGCAGUAUUCCCCGAUGGAUGUUUGAGAGCGGUGCGGUUAACCUUCACGGAUACGACAAAGACGGAAACAAACUUAAAUAG